CAGGAGUUAUUCGAAAGCUGAAACUUUCAGUGGAUUGUGGGCCUGGGGAGAAGAAGGAUUCCGAGGGUGGAAUUGGGAAGAGCGUGCGUGCGUGUGUGUGUGUGCGCGCGCGCGUGUGGGUCGGGGCGGGGGCGUCGGGGGGCCACUGGGAAUUCGGUGAAGAGGGCACCCCAUACCAUGGCAGUGCCCGGCGACGCUGCACGAGUCAGGGACAAGCCCGUCCACAGUGGGGUGAGUCAAGCCCCCACGGCGGGCCGGGACUGCCACCAUCGUGCGGACCCCGCAUCGCCGCGGGACUCGGGCUGCCGUGGCUGCUGGGGAGACCUGGUGCUGCAGCCGCUCCGGCGCUCUCGGAAACUUUCCUCCGCGCUGUGCGCGGGCUCCCUGUCCUUUCUGCUGGCGCUGCUGGUGAGGCUGGUCCGCGGGGAGGUCGGCUGUGACCUGGAGCAGUGUAAGGAGGCGGCGGCGGAGGAGGAGGAGGAAGCAGCCUCGGGAGCAGAAGGGGGCGUCUUCCCGGGGCCUCGGGGAGGUGCUCCCGGGGGCGGCGCGCGGCUCAGCCCCUGGCUGCAGCCCUCGGCGCUGCUCUUCAGUCUCCUGUGUGCCUUCUUCUGGAUGGGCUUGUACCUCCUGCGCGCCGGGGUGCGCCUGCCUCUGGCUGUCGCGCUGCUGGCCGCCUGCUGCGGGGGGGAAGCGCUCGUCCAGAUUGGGCUGGGCGUCGGGGAGGAUCACUUACUCUCGCUCCCCGCCGCGGGGGUGGUGCUCAGCUGCUUGGCCGCCGCGACAUGGCUGGUGCUGAGGCUGAGGCUGGGCGUCCUCAUGAUCGCCUUGACUAGCGCGGUCAGGACCGUGUCCCUCAUUUCCUUAGAGAGGUUCAAGGUCGCCUGGAGACCUUACCUGGCGUACUUGGCCGGCGUGCUGGGGAUCCUCUUGGCCAGGUACGUGGAACAAAUCUUGCCGCAGUCCGCGGAGGCGGCUCCAAGGGAGCAUUUGGGGUCCCAGCUGAUUGCUGGGACCAAGGAAGAUAUCUCGGUGUUUAAGAGGAGGAGGCGGUCCAGCUCCGUCGUGUCCGCCGAGAUGUCCGGCUGCAGCAGCAAGUCCCAUCGGAGGACCUCCCUGCCCUGUAUACCGAGGGAACAGCUCAUGGGGCAUUCAGAAUGGGACCACAAACGAGGGCCAAGGGGAUCACAGUCUUCAGGAACCAGUAUUACUGUGGACAUCGCCAUCAUGGGCGAGGCCCACGGCCUCAUUACCGACCUCCUGGCAGACCCUUCUCUUCCACCAAACGUGUGCACAUCCUUGAGAGCUGUGAGCAACUUGCUCAGCACACAGCUCACCUUCCAGGCCAUUCACAAGCCCAGAGUGAAUCCUGUCACUUCGCUCAGUGAAAACUAUGCCUGUUCUGACUCUGAAGAGAGCUCUGAAAAAGACAAGCUUGCUAUUCCAAAGCGCCUGAGAAGGAGUUUGCCCCCUGGCUUGUUGAGACGAGUUUCUUCCACUUGGACCACCACCACCUCGGCCACAGGUCUACCCACCUUGGAGCCUGCACCAGUACGGAGAGACCGCAGCACCAGCAUCAAACUGCAGGAAGCACCUUCAUCCAGUCCUGAUUCUUGGAAUAAUCCAGUGAUGAUGACCCUCACCAAAAGCAGAUCCUUUACUUCAUCCUAUGCUAUUUCUGCAGCUAACCAUGUAAAGGCUAAAAAGCAAAGUCGACCAGGUGCCCUCGCUAAAAUUUCACCUCUUUCAUCGCCCUGCUCCUCACCUCUCCAAGGGACUCCUGCCAGCAGCCUGGUCAGCAAAAUUUCUGCAGUGCAGUUUCCAGAAUCUGCUGACACAACUGCCAAACAAAGCCUAGGUUCUCACAGGGCCUUAACUUACACUCAGAGUGCCCCAGACCUAUCCCCUCAAAUCCUGACUCCACCUGUUAUAUGUAGCAGCUGUGGCAGACCAUAUUCCCAAGGGAAUCCUGCUGAUGAGCCCCUGGAAAGAAGUGGGGUAGCCACUCGGACACCAAGUAGAACAGAUGACACUGCUCAAGUUACCUCUGAUUAUGAAACCAAUAACAACAGUGACAGCAGUGACAUUGUACAGAAUGAAGACGAAACAGAGUGCCUGAGAGAGCCUCUGAGGAAAGCAUCAGCUUGCAGCACCUAUGCUCCUGAGACCAUGAUGUUUCUGGACAAACCAAUUCUUGCUCCCGAACCUCUUGUCAUGGAUAACCUGGACUCAAUUAUGGAGCAGCUAAAUACUUGGAAUUUUCCGAUUUUUGACUUAGUGGAAAAUAUAGGAAGAAAAUGUGGCCGUAUUCUUAGUCAGGUAUCUUACAGACUUUUUGAAGACAUGGGCCUCUUUGAAGCUUUUAAAAUUCCAAUUAGGGAAUUUAUGAAUUAUUUUCAUGCUUUGGAGAUUGGAUAUAGGGAUAUUCCUUAUCAUAACAGAAUCCAUGCCACUGAUGUUUUACAUGCUGUUUGGUAUCUUACUACACAGCCUAUUCCAGGCCUUUCAACUGUGAUUAAUGAUCAUGGUUCAACCAGUGAUUCAGAUUCUGACAGUGGAUUUACACAUGGACAUAUGGGAUAUGUAUUCUCAAAAACGUAUAAUGUGACAGAUGAUAAAUACGGAUGUCUGUCUGGGAAUAUCCCUGCCUUAGAGUUGAUGGCGCUGUAUGUGGCUGCAGCCAUGCACGAUUAUGAUCACCCAGGAAGGACUAAUGCUUUCCUGGUUGCAACUAGUGCUCCUCAGGCGGUGCUAUAUAACGAUCGUUCAGUUUUGGAGAAUCAUCACGCAGCUGCUGCAUGGAAUCUUUUCAUGUCCCGGCCAGAGUAUAACUUCUUAGUUAACCUUGACCAUGUGGAAUUUAAGCAUUUCCGUUUCCUUGUCAUUGAAGCAAUUUUGGCCACUGACCUGAAGAAACACUUUGACUUCGUAGCCAAAUUUAAUGGCAAGGUAAAUGAUGAUGUUGGAAUAGAUUGGACCAAUGAAAAUGAUCGUCUACUGGUUUGUCAAAUGUGUAUAAAGUUGGCUGAUAUCAAUGGUCCAGCUAAAUGUAAAGAACUCCAUCUUCAGUGGACAGAUGGUAUUGUCAAUGAAUUUUAUGAACAGGGUGACGAAGAGGCCAGCCUUGGAUUACCCAUAAGCCCCUUCAUGGAUCGUUCUGCUCCUCAGCUGGCCAACCUUCAGGAAUCCUUCAUCUCUCACAUUGUGGGGCCUCUAUGCAACUCCUAUGAUUCAGCAGGACUAAUGCCAGGAAAAUGGGUGGAAGACAGCGAUGAGUCAGGAGAUACUGAUGACCCAGAAGAAGAGGAGGAAGAAGCAGCAGCAGCACCAAAUGAAGAGGAAACCUGUCAAAAUAAUGAAUCUCCAAAAAAGAAGACUUUCAAAAGGAGAAAAAUCUACUGCCAAAUAACUCAGCACCUCCUACAGAACCACAAGAUGUGGAAGAAAGUCAUAGAAGAGGAGCAACGGUUGACGGGCAUAGAAAAUCAAUCCCUGGACCAGACCCCUCAGUCGCACUCUUCAGAACAGAUCCAGGCUAUCAAGGAAGAAGAAGAAGAGAAAGGGAAACCAAGAGGGGAGGAGAUACCAACCCCAAAGCCAGACCAGUGACAAUGGAUAGAAUGGGCUGUGUUUCCAAACAGACUGACUUGUCAAAGACUCUCUUCAAGCCAGCACAACAUUUAGACACAACACUGUAGAAAUUUGAGAAGAUGGGCAAAUGGCUAUUGCAUUUUGGGAUUCUUCGCAUUCUGUGUGUAUAUUUUUACAGUGAGGUACAUUGUUAAAAACUUUUUGCUCAAAGAAGCUUUCACAUUGCAACACCAGCUUCUAAGGAUUUUUUAAGGAGGGAAUAUAUAUGUGUGUGUGUAUAUAAGCUCCCACAUAGAUACAUGUAAAACAUAUUCACACCCAUGCACGCACACACAUACACACUGAAGGCCAGGAUUGCUGGCUCCACAAUUUAGUAACAUUUAUAUUAAGAUAUAUAGUGGUCACUGUGAUAUAAUAAAUCAUAAAGGAAACCAAAUCACAAAGGAGACGGUAUGGCUUAGCAAGGAAACAGUGCAGGAAAUGUAGGUUACCAACUAAGCAGCUUUUGCUCUUAGUACUGAGGGAUGAAAGUUCCAGAGCAUUAUUUGAAUUCUGAUACAUCCUGCCAACACUGUGUGUGUGUGUGUGUGAGUGUGUGUGUGUGUGUGUGUGUGUGUGUGAAAGAGAGACAGAAGGGAACAGUUUGAAAGGGUGCUUGUGUGCAUGUGUGUGCAUAUGUAGAGAUUUUUGUGGUUUCAGUAACUCAUAGAAUAGCUGUAGCAAAUGACUGAGUACAUGUGAACAAACAGAAGGAAGUUCACUCUGGAGUGUCUUUGGGAGGCAGCCAUUCCGAAUGCCCUCCUCCAUUUAGCUUCAAUAAAGGGUCUUUUGCAGAUGGAGGGCACUCAAGGGCUGGGUGAGAGGGCCACAUGUUUGGUAUUACAUUACUGCUAUGCACCACUUGAAGGAGCUCUAUCACCAGCCUCAAACCCGGAAGACUGAGGCAUUUUCCAGUCUACUCACCUAAUGAAUGUAUAGGAGCUGUCUGUGAGUAUGGAUGUCACUCAACUAAGAUCAAAUCACCAUUUAAGAGGAUGGCAUUCUUUAUACAUAAACACCUAGGAAAGAGUUGGAGUCAGGUCUUUAAUCAGGUUAGAAUUCUGAAUGAUGCCAGAUAAGGAUUGGGAAAUUGUACUUCAGCGCGAUCGCCUGUGUCUUAAUUUGCUGCAAAAUGUGUGGUAGAGAAAGAAAAGGAAACAGAAAAAUCACUCUGGGUUAUAUAGCAAGAGAUGAAGGAGAAUAUUUCAACCCAGGGUUUUUGGGUUGACAUAGGAAAAGCCUGAUUCUUGGCAACUGUUGUAGUUUGUCUUUCAGGGGUGAAGGUCCCACUGACAACCCCUGUUGUGGUAUUCCACGUGCUGUUUGUUGGGGUAGCUUCCAUCGGCAAUCUGGCCCAUUGUCAGUCAUGCUUCUUCUGGCAGGGGAGAUUAUAGAGAGAUUGUUUGAGGAACGGGUUAUUAUUGAAAGUCUCUUUUUUAAUUUGUUUUGUUUUGGUUUGUUUAUCUACACUUGUUUAUGCUGUGAGCCAAACAUCUAUUUAAAAAGUUGAUACUCACUUUCAAUAUUUUAUUUCAUAUUAUUAUAUAUGUCAUGAUAGUUAUCUUGAUGUAAAUAUGAAGAUUUUUUUGUUUCUGUAGAUAGUAAACUCUUUUUUUAAAAAAGGAAAAGGGAAACAUUUUUAUAAAGUUAUAUUUUAAUCACCAUUUUUAUACAUUGUAGUUCUCUCCAAGCCCAGUAAGAGAAUGAUGAUUCAUUUGCAUGGAGGUUGAUGGACAGCCAGUCAUCUACCUAUUCUAAUUUAAAUGAUAAUCUGAUAUAGUUUUAUUGCCAGUUACAUGAGGAUGCUGCAAAGAAUGUUUUUUUCACUAGUAACUUUUGCUAACUGAAUGAAUUCUGGGUACAGAUCUCCCAGAUGAAAACCUGUUAACCAAUACCAUAUUUUAUAGUUGGUGUCCAUUUCUUUCUAACACUGUUUGUUAUGAUUCUUCCUUCAGUACUAUAUACAGACCUGCUCAUUAUCUAAACAAUCUUAGCUUCUAAGUAAACCUUGAUUGUGAUUUCCGGUUUUUAUUUUCUCUGACGUAGUAGAAAGGAAUGUUUACAUUAAAAAUACUUUUGUUUCUCAUAAAUGGAUAUUGUACUCCCCCCUUUCAAAGCAUUAUUUUACAAUAAUUCAUGGCAUUUAAAAAAAUAAGGCAAAGAUAAUACAACAAAAAAAUACAUGGUUUCAAGGCAAAUUCUCCAGUACGUAGGAAAACGUAAAAAGGAUCAAGUGGAUGCAGCCUCUACCUAAAUAAUUAAAAUAUAUUUCAGUAUAUUUCUGAAUUAACACCAGGUCUUCAUUAUUUAGAACUUACUAAAUUGUUUUCAUUUUCUUAGUUUUACCUGUGUGUCUCUAUGUUUGCAAAAAUUACUAUGAGUCAAAUUUUGCCAGUGAAUUUAACUAUUUUUCUUUCCUUGCAAUUAAGAGAAGGGGAAAAAAGCAUUUAUCUUCUUAUACCCCUUGCAUCUAAGUACUUAACAAAGCCAAUAUUUUCCCAUUUUCCAAAUGCUGUCCAUCUCUAACAUAAAUAUUAAUUGAACAUAGAGCUAUGUUUGGAGUGAGUGGACUGGCAGGACAGUUGGAAGUCCAUCUCAGUCUGUUGACAGUUUCAUCAAAGCUGUAUAGUCCAACUAGUGGGGCAGAUUGGCUACUAUGGUGGAAGUCUCAGCAAACUGCCUGGUUUUGUUUGUUUGUUUUGUUUUAAGGUACAGGAAAUAAGAGGAAUAAUAGUGGCCAAAGCAAUUAGAACAUCUUCAUUCCAGAACUGUGUUCAGCAAUCCAGGCAGAUUGAUACAUUUUUCUUUAAAAAUAAAUUGCUAUUACAGCUAGAAGUCAAUUGGGAUAAAUAAAGGGAUGAAGAUCCACUAAGUUUGUGACUUUCACACACACCCAGUACAUCUCAAAGGAUGCUAAGGGACAUUUUCUGCCAGUAGAGCUCUCCCCCUUUUUGGUGACAGCAAUAUUAUUAUGUUCACAUCCAACUCCAGAGCUUACUUCCUGUGGUGCCAACGUAUUUGUUGCAAUUUACUACAUUUUUAUAUGAGCCUAUUUAUAGGUGCCAUUAGAUAAACUCAGGUCUUUCAAAUGAAAGAGUUUCUAGCCCACUUAGGGAAAAAGAUAAUUGUUUAGAAAACCAUAAAAUCAAUGGUAGGAAAAGUUGGAACUGGUUACCUGGAUGCCAUAGUUCUCUGUUAAGUAAAAGACCAGGUAUAUUCUGAGUGUCAUCAGUGUUAUUUUCAGCAUGCUAAUAAAUGUCUUUCCAGUUAUAUAUCUAAAUUAACCUUUAAAAUAUUGGUUUCCUUGAUAAAAGCACCACUUUUGCUUUUGUUAGCUGUAAUAUUUUUUGUCAUUUAGAUAAGACCUGGUUUGGCUCACAAUAAAAGGUGAAGACAGCAGCUCUGUACAGGGAUAUAUCUAUAUUAGUCUUCAUCUGAUGAAGAAAUUUUCUCAUAUUAUGUUCAAGAAAGUAUUUACUUCCUAAAAAUAGAAUACCCAAUUCUGUCUAUUUUGGUUGAAUACCAGAACAAAUCUUACCAUUGCAAUCCCAGUAAAACGAAAGAAAAGGAGUAUCUUACAGACUGUUCAUAUUAGAUGUAUGUAGACUGUUAAUUUGCAGUUUCCCCAUAUUCCCUGCCUAUCUUACCCAGAGAACUUUCUUUGAAGGUAAAAGCUGUGCAAAAGGCAUGAGACUCAGGCCUACUCUUUGUUUAAAUGAUGGAAAAAUAUAAAUUAUUUUCUAAGUAAUAAAAGUAUAAAAAUUAUCAUUAUAAAUAAAGUCUAAAGUUUGAAAUUAUUAAUUUAUAAAAGUGAACUAAUUGUGUAAUUAUCAAGUCCUGAUUAAUGAGAAGUGAAUAAUCUAAAAAUCAUUUAUAUUCUACUGUGGGAGGUAUUCUUGGUGCUUCCAUGUCAGUAUGGGGCUCUCCAUUGUCCUCAUCAUUUAUAGUACUUCUAAAAUAAUAAUGGAAACCUCAAUAAGGGUCUUGUCCUCUUCUAUCAUCCUAACCCUGAUUCUAGUUUAAUGCCUUUCCUGACUUAUAUGCCAUUUGCAAAUAAACUUCCUUUCAAACUGUUUGUUAGAACACUCCAAUAAAACAAAGUUCUACGAACUUUCAUAGUCUAGAAAAACCAACAAGAUCCCCCUUAUUUAGCGAUUAUUAGCUAAUGUGUGGAAGAAAUAUCAAUAAAAGUUCAAAUGCUAAUAGCUCAAUUCCAGAUAAUUGAAAGCUAAAAUAUCUAUGUACUUUGAAGCCAAACUGAGUUUAUUUCAUUGAUCGAACAAGCAGCAACACAUUUUAUGACCAUUGUCCUAGGUCGUUUGUGUCUUUAUGAAUUUGCUGAUAUUGUCAGUCCAUUUUUUAAAUCUUCUACAAAAUUCAAUUUUAAGAUUAAGAAAUCAAUUUUAGGUAAAGAUUAUUCCAAAAUUAAAUUGUUCUUUUUAAGAAAUAUAUCAGUUUUAGUUCCUAUAUUCACACAUCAAUUUGUUCAUGUGGAAGAUAUUCAAAUUCUUAUUGGGAAUGAAUUACACUGCAAACAAUGAGUUAAGCUAAAAACUAUACAUAACUUAAAUUGAGAUUUGCAUACGUAUUUGUGUGUUUCACACCAAAGAACCAUGCUUAGAGAACGGUAACAUAUUUUUCAGUUUAUGUUAUGCACCAUGGAUGUUAGGCAAUGUGUGCUAUUGCCAACACAUGGUAUUUGUUGAAAUACAUGUUGCUUUGACCUUACCUAAUGGUGCUUUUACCUAAUUUGAAUUGUUGUUUGUGUUCCCAUUAGCAAAUCAUUCUAACAGCAGGCUAACAAUGGUGAAGUAAAAUGAACAUUUUUGGGCUGGGUGCGGUGGCUCACGCCUGUAAUCCCAGGACUUUGGGAGGCCAAGGCAGGUGGAUCACCUGAGGUUGGGAGUUCGACACCAGCUUGACCACCAUGGAGAAACCCAGUCUUUACUAAAAAUACAAAAUGAUCCAGGUGUGGUGGCGCAUGCCUGUAAUCCCAGCUACCCAGGAGGCCGAGGCAGGAGAAUCACUUGAACGUGGGAGGCAGAAGUUGUGGUGAGCUGAGAUUGCACCAUUGCACUCCAGCCUGGACAACAAGAGUUAAACUUUGCCUCAAAAAAAAAAAAACAAAAAAACAAAAAAAAACAUUUUUUGGCAAAAUAUGUUUGAGGACAUGAAACUGAAGAUUAAGGUUUCAUUUCCAUAGUGGAACUCAGUGUUUACCUGCUUAUUCAAAAAUACUGAUCUAGUAUCAGUGUAGGUAGGACCAUAAAAUACAGUGUAUAGAAUUAUGUAUAAAUGGAAAACAAAAUUAGCUUUUGACAUAUGUUUAAGACUCUAAAAGGAAUCCACAUUUUCUUUCCAGAGACAGCUAGUUUUUCUCCACAUUUUUAAGGUUGAUUGCCUUGACAUACAUUGGUAUCCUUGGGUUUCUGCUUCCUGGAAAAGUUGUGGAGAACAGAAGAAAAGCCUUCUCUUUACAGAUAAAAAAUGUUGAACAUGUUUAUGUUCUGACAAUGAAGCAAUGAUUUCCUCAUUGAUUUGCAUUAAGAAGUGGUUCUUUAAUUAUGCAAAUAAUUCAAUGUAACCAAAAAUGCUUCAAUGAGUAAUAAUAAAUCACCAUAGGUAAGUAUUCUCAAGAAUGUUUACGUUUGGUUUAUUUUCUUGAAGCAAAGUUAUUUAAUUUUUUAAUUUUUAGAUUAAAAUGAAACACACAAAACGACAUUCCAUGGUACUGAGUAUUUUCAUAUAAUCAGAACUGUAAACUACUGAUUUUCAUAUACUCAGAGGCUGAAUAUUUUGAUAUAAUAACUAGUAUCAUAUAACAGAAAAUUAGAAACAAGGUUUAAUUCUUUUUCUAAUAUUCUACAAGCCUCAUGGGGAAAAUGUUUUAUGAAGGUUUCAAGUACAUUAGAUAAAAAUUAGUGUCAGUAAUUUAACUUUGUACAAAUAAUAGUCUGAGAUCUUCUGAGUUUUCCUAAGACAAAGGAGUGUAUUAUCCAGCAAUUUAUUAUGUUUUGUGCUGUUAUAAAAUAAAUGUUCUAUUAAUGUAUAUUUUAUUUUACUAAGUUCUAACACAAAAGGCCAAAUACUUAUCUUCCCUACUAAGAAAAAUUAAACCUUAUUCAUCUUGACUUUCACAGAUGAAACACUGACCAGUAAAUAAACAACAGCCACUGCAUUAAUCUGCCCAGCAUGAUCAGAUAGUAGGUUAGAAUUUGAAAUUCAUUAAUAAAAAUUUAAUAACAAAACUUUGUAAGCCUUAAUGGUUUAGUAUUUCAGUGUCAUUGAAAGUUCCUGUUUCAAAUUAAACAAACUACAGCAGGAUAUUUUUCCUUUCCUGUUUCAAAACAAAAACCAGAUGAAGAAAAAACAAAGACAAACUCAUAGGAGGAGAGCAUGGCUUCUCUUCAAUUAUACUUCUCUUACUCAAUAUUAGUAACCAAAAAAUAAGCAGAAAUUCUCCUCCGCCAUAAUAAAAAGAAAGAAUGGUCUUCGACUUAACUUCUAGUUCCUCAUUCCUGCUUUCCUUGUAAAGCCCAUGGUACUAAGAAGCAAAAAAUGCAGAGCUGUGGAUUGGGAGUGAACACUACAUAAAAUUUGCAGGGUAUCCCAGGACACCCCUCCAUCUUUAAUACAAACCAAUUUAGUUACUCUGGAGUGAAAUGACUUGUGGAUACACUGUUCAACCGUGACUUCCUUUAUGACAAGGAGUACUUAUACAUGUUUCCAAAUGUGAAUUAGCCCUUGAAUUAGUUUGAAAACUGCUACUUGAAUAACUUUUGAAGAGAAAGAUUUUUCUUUCCGGUAAUUUUACUCCCUAAAAAAGGCAAAAUACUCAGAUGUUCAAUGUGAAAUUAAAAAUAGUUGUUUGAAGUAUAUAUACUUCAAUAAAUAGUUCUUUGUGUAUAUAAAGUGUUGGUUGAUAGCAGUUUCCUUGUCCCUUUUCUUUUUAAAAUUCCAAACUGAUUAUGGGUCAAAAACUCCACCUUAUAUCAGUGAUUUCAUUUUAACUAUUUAUAAGGAUAAUUUAGUAUUAUAGUAUUGCUAACUUUAAUAAUUCUGACAUAUCUAUAUAUUACCUGUUAGUAAGGUUUUAAUGGCUUUACUUAAUACAUAUUUGUUCAUCAGCUUAAAAAAAUCACUAAAUUUUUUAUACUCUGUAAAAUAUUUGCAUGGGAAUUUUAGCAUAUUAUGUUUGCUUAACUGGUGUUUUUCUUCACUUAUGACUGUCAGUUUAUGUCUUAAUAUAUUCUCACAGAAGAAUGCAUAUCAUUUUUGUUCCAACAAGAACAAUCUGUUAGUUGAUAAGCACUGGUAAUAAAUAUCACUGAACCCACCCA